AAGAAAAACGUGAAACUGAAGCUCGGUCAAGAGAUAUUGAAUGUGAAACUUCAAAUUAUUUUAUGAGAUUAGAAGAUGGUCGUGAAUAUAAUGUUGAAGAAAUUAAAUAUCCUCUAAUUCAUAAGGGUAAAGGUAGACCACCUACUAAAUGUUUGAAACCUUUUAAUGAAACAAACAAUAAAGCGGCAAGUAGUAAAAUGAGUAAGAUUAAUAUUAUUAAGGAAGUUGACAGAAUGGAUGCUGUUGGUGAAGUAGGUGUA